CGAGUUUUCCUUCCUGACGCUAUAACUCCAGAACGCACAAACAGAUUUCCACAGUUUUGCAUUUGUUGAAAAGGUCUCGGGCUCCGUGAGGUUUAUAGCCAAGAAAAUUCAGGAAAAUUUCAAUAGAAAAGCGAGAAAAUAGGGAUAUCAUUUUUUUUAAUACAGCGCCAUCUCUGAUACAUAGCAUGUACUACAAACCAAUAUUUUAAGAAGAUGGCGACGGUGCGUGACACAUUGUUUGACAGCUACUUAUUGUUUUCUUCUCAGUUAAUUUCAUGUGACAAACCGGUGUGAAAUUGUGAAAAAAAAGUAAAAAAAAUAAGUUAUUCGUUUCUUAACAUUUUAAUUGGAAACCAUCAAAACAAUCACGUGUAUUGUGUACAUUUUUAUUCAAUUUCAACAGCAGGUAUUUGUCUUUAAGGUGUUAAAAAUGCCUAGAGGACGACGUGCGAACAUCGGUCGCCGCACAAGACAUGCAAGUCAGCAACAAGUGUAUUCACAGAACUUAAGCGAAGAAAGACAAAAUAUAAUAAGAGAAAAUGCCCGAUUGAGACAACGCGUGAGCACACGAAGAUCAUUGGCAUCAUACAAUCGCUUGGCAUUCCAAUAUGAUCCCACUGCGAACUACAGUGAUGAUGAAAAUUUAAAUAUUGGACCAAUGACGACUGUAUGCCGAUAUUGCAAUGCGUUAAAGUUCAAAAGAGAAACGGCUGGAUUGUGCUGCGCAAGUGGAAAAGUCAAACUGGAUCCAUUACUUACACCACCACAGCCACUGAAACCAUUGUUCGAUGGAAGUGAUCCCGAUUCCAGCCAUUUUCUUCAACACAUCCUUGAAUACAAUAACUGCUUUCGCAUGACUUCCUUUGGAGCUAAUAUCAUUCGAGAAGGCGGCUUCAUGCCGACUUGCAAGAUACAAGGACAAAUAUAUCAUUUGCAUGGUUCAAUGGUGCCAACACCAGAUGAACCGCAUCAAUUUCUGCAAAUAUAUUUCAUUUCGUCGAUGGUGGAUCAGCUGAAUGUGCGGUGUAAUAUUCAGGGAACACAACAGUUAAAGAGACGGAUUAUUGAACAGUUGCAAGCAUUUUUUCACGCUAAUAACGCUGUGGUUAAUAUGUUCAAAACAGCAUUGGAACGAAUGCCAUCGGAUACGCACAAAUUUGUCAUAAGAGCGGAUUGUACCCCAACAGGUGAACAUGUGCGAAGAUUCAAUGCACCCACCGUUAAUGAUGUUGCUGCAAUUAUUGUUGGCGAUCCAACUAAAUCGCGAGACAUUGUCGUUCAGCGAAGAAGCAAUAUCAUGCAUCGUGUAAACGAGACACAUCGUUUGUACGAUGCGUUACAAUAUCCAAUCAUUUAUUGGCAAGGGCAAGACGGAUACGACAUCACGUUGAAGAUGGUCGAUCCAAUUACAAGCGUAUCAACGAAUAAAAAUCUAAGCGCAAUGAAUUACUAUGCGUAUCGUAUGAUGAUUCGUACACAUGAGGAGAAUGUCAUUCUGAAGUGCCGUCGGCUAUUCCAGCAAUUCGCUGUCGACAUGUAUGUCAAAGUCGAGACAGAACGUUUAGCGUUCAUCCGAUUCAAUCAGGCAAAGCUACGAUCUGAGGACUAUAUACACUUGCGUGAUGCUAUUCAUUCAGAUGGUGAUGUUCAGAGUAUUGGACGUCUGACGAUUCUCCCAUCAUCUUAUAUCGGAAGCCCACGCCACAUGCACGAAUACGCUCAAGACGCUAUGACGUACGUGCGAAAUUAUGGAACUCCCGAUUUAUUUAUUACGUUCACUUGCAAUCCGAAGUGGACGGAAAUUGAACGUGAGUUGGAACCGGGCCAAAAACCGCAAGAUCGCCAUGACAUAAUAGCCAGAGUAUUUCAGCAAAAACUCAAGGUCAUGAUGGAUGUGCUUACUAAGUAUCGAGUUUUUGGUGACACACGUUGUUAUAUGUACUCGGUGGAAUGGCAGAAGCGUGGACUACCGCAUGCUCAUAUCCUAACUUGGUUGCUGAACAAAUUACAUUCAAAUGAAGUGGAUGACAUCAUAUCAGCUGAAAUUCCUGAUCCAGUCACUGAUCCCCAUCUACACGACAUUGUGACGACACAGAUGGUGCAUGGACCGUGCGGUGCAUUAAAUCCAUUAUCGCCUUGCAUGACUGAUGGAAAGUGCACAAAACGAUAUCCGCGACCGUUAGUUGCUGAAACAGUUACAGGGAACGACGGAUAUCCAGUAUAUCGUCGGCGUUCAAAAGAAGAUAAUGGUCGAACUAUCAAAGUUAAAGUUCAAAAUCAAGAGAUUGAGAUCGGAAAUGAAUUCAUUGUACCAUAUUGCCCGCUACUAUCACGAAUUUUUGAAACACAUGUAAACGUUGAGAGUUGUCAUUCGGCCAAAUCAAUCAAAUAUUUGUGCAAGUACGUCACAAAAGGCAGCGACAUGGCUGUGUUUGGUAUUGCGUCGGAAAAUGCGAAUGACGAAAUCAGCAACUUCCAAAUGGGCAGAUACGUCAGUACUAAUGAAGCACUUUGUACAUUUAGCAGUGCAUUUGAAAAUGGCCAAAGAGUUUACUUCACUGAAGCUAAUGCAGCACAACGAGCUGAGAGACCACCAUCGACAACAUUGACUAGCUUCUUUGCAAUGUGUGAAGCAGAUCCAUUCGCAGCGACGCUGAUGUACGUUGAAAUGCCUAAGUAUUACACUUGGAAUCAAUCAACAAAGAAAUUCCAACGUCGCAAACAAGGAACCCCAGUUCCAGAUUGGCCACAGGUGUUUUCCACUGAUGCACUAGGUCGCAUGUAUACUGUUCAUCCUAGAAAUGAUGAAUGUUUUUAUUUGCGACUGCUGUUGUUAUGGAACAAAUACAAAGACGACAUAUGUGAAGAUAUCUUGCAUCGCUUGCGCAUUCAAACGAAUAAUCCUGACAUGCAAAUAACCGAUGAAAUCUACAAUGAAGGAUUGAUUCUGAUUGAGGAUCAAUGCUUGACUAUUGCAAACAAGCUACUGAUUGAAGUAGGAAUGAUUGCACCAAAUCGAUCAAUACACGAUGCAUUCAACCAAGAAUUAAAUCGAGAGCUGCAAUACAAUGUUGAUACAUUGCAGGAAUUCGUUCAAAAUAAUGUGCCGUUGCUGAAUGAACAGCAAAAACCAGUAUACGAAACAUUAAUGCAAGCGGUGGACAAUAAUACUGGUGGUCUAUUCUUCCUGGACGCAUCUGGAGGAACAGGGAAAACAUUUGUCAUUUCAUUGAUUUUGGCCACUAUUCGAUCAACAGGUGACAUAGCUUUGGCGUUAGCAUCAUCUGGAAUUGCGGCGACUCUUCUAGAUGGCGGUCGUACUGCACAUUCUGCGCUUAAGUUGCCACUCAAUUUAAACACAAUUGAGACUCCAACAUGCAAUAUUUCCCGAUCCAGUGCAAUGGGAAAAUUGUUGACGCAAUGCAAGCUCAUUGUUUGGGAUGAGUGCACAAUGGCACAUAAGAAAUCACUUGAAGCACUCAACUUCACACUGAAGGAUCUUCGGCGAAAUAACAACAUUUUUGGCGGCUUGAUGAUAUUGUUGGCAGGCGAUUUCAGGCAGACGUUGCCAGUAAUUCCCCGUGGAACGCCUGCAGAUGAAUUGAAUGCUUGCCUGAAGGCAUCACCUUUAUGGAAUAACGUAAAAACAUUAUCGCUAACCACUAAUAUGAGAGUUCAACUUCAAAAUGAUCAAAGUGCUGCACAAUUUUCAAAACAAUUACUCUCACUAGCUCUUAUUGAAAAUGUUUUUCCAAACAUUAGUGAGAAUUAUCAGAAUUAUGCUUGGUUAAGUCAACGAGCAAUUCUUGCCGCAAAGAAUAAUGAUGUACACGCACUGAAUUUCACCAUUCAAUCAAAAAUCGAUGGCGAUUUGGUGACAUACAAAUCCGUUGAUUCCAUAACAAAUCCCGAUGAUGUAGUACAUUAUCCAACGGAGUUUUUGAACUCUCUGGAGUUACCAGGAUUUCCACCACAUAACUUGCAACUCAAAGUUGGUACAGUUAUUAUGAUAUUGCGUAAUUUGAAUCCACCGCGACUUUGCAACGGUACUCGACUUGCGGUAAAAAGACUUAUGCCGAAUUUGAUUGAGGCAACCAUUAUUAACGGAAAGUACGCAGGUGAAAAUGUAUGUAUUCCUCGAAUACCAAUGAUUCCGACUGAUCUUCCGUUUGACUUCAAACGAUUGCAAUUUCCAGUUCGCCUUGCGUUCGCAAUGACAAUUAACAAGUCGCAAGGCCAAUCGCUUAGUGUUUGCGGGAUAAAUUUAGAAAAUCAUUGUUUUUCACAUGGGCAGUUAUACGUUGCGUGUUCACGAGUUGGGAAACCAUCCGCUUUGUUUGUAUUAACGUCAGACCAAAAAACAAAAAAUGUGGUUUACCAAAGAGCACUUCAAUGA